AUGUCCUCAGUUAAACCAAACAGUGAUGCAGCUCAAGCUGCAAUAGUUGAAUUAAAUGGAUUAGCAGAUAUAUUUAAAAGAAUACAAGAAACUUGUUGGAGGAAAUGCAUCAGUGAUAUAUCAGACUCAUUACUUUCACCUGGUGAGAUAAGUUGUACAGAUCGUUGCAUUGCUAAGUAUAUGGAGACACACACUCUAAUUGGCAAUUAUUUACAAGGAACAAGUGAGAAUAAAUCUCCAAAGUAA